UUCCAGUUCAUUUUGUAAUUUUCUGGUUAAUGUGAGAGAAAACAUCCUGCCUGCGUUCAUUACUUGUCAGAGAUAGCAAGGUGAACAGCUGCUUCACAGGUGUGGUGUCAAAAUGAAGAGCCACAACUCAGGUGGAAUGUCUGCAUUUUAUAAACCACCCAAAGAAGUGACAGAAGUAAGAGCUGGAUACCUGCAGAAGUCUCCUCCCUUAAAACUACUGACAACAGAGAAAUCAUGGAAGAGGCGUUACUUCAUCCUGUUCAAGCUUAGUGAGACAGAAUAUCAGCUCAAGUACUUCAGAAGUAAAGAAGAAAAUGAAAAGCCGCUUGGGGAAAUAAAAUUGUCACAGAUCUCAGAGUUGCAUGUGAGCCCGCAGUUUCAUUCGAAAUGGAGCUGGAUCCAGAAAAGCUUCAAGUCCUCCCCAUCCUGUGUGCUCUUCAUUAAGACUCCGGAACGAGAAUACUUCCUUAUCGGGGAGAACAGUGAGGAUGUGGAUCACUGGCUCUCUGAUCUGCUUGAUGCAAUGAAGAACUCGCCACGUAAAUUGGGCUCUUCAGAGGAGCUCCCUAACGGGCAGGCAAUAGUUGAGGCACCACUAAAAAUACGGUCGCAGUCUGAUCCAUCCUCAAACAAUUUGGAGAUCACUGAAAAGCCUGAGGAGCAGGAGGAUCCUAAAAGACGUGUAUCUGAGCCUGUGCAUCCAAUCUAUGAGAUUCCAAGACCUAUAACACAAAAGGAUGCAAAUAGAGGUGAGCCAAGAAGUGGGCCACGACACAGUAGUGUGGACUCACUAUGUGUAACAGUGACCAACAUUAAAUUGAAUGAAGAAUCAGAUCAGCCAGAGGACAAGGAAGUUGCAAAGGUUAACACCAGCACCACACUGCUGAGAACGGUCAAUCAGGUCUUUGACAAAAUGAAGACACAGGUGUCACCACUGUCCCCGUGUGCUGAGGAGACAGAUGCUGCCGACAACAGUAAACGGUGGUCAACAGAUUCCAGCAGCAGCAGCUCUACUGACCAUGGUGCCCCAUCUCCUGAGGAGAUACUGGACACACCAGAAAAACAAGACUCCAAUGAGAGUAUUGACAGAGACACCGAGAAGAAAGAGAAAAGUCUGAGAAGAAAGAUCACACUAACAGAAGUAAAUGGAAAAGAAAGUGCUGAUCACACCACAGAAGAGAGGGAUAUUGUAGUGAACCAAAUGGACCUUAAAAAACACCUGAGCCUAACAGAGGUGGAUGGGAAGCCCAGAGUGUCCGCGUGGACGGGACAUCCACAGACCGUGUGCGUGUUCCACAAAGACGACCUGAUCCUGGCAGUUAAUGACUUGCAUAUCAGCGGUGUGGAGGAGUUCAACAUGUUUAUCAGCAAGUCACUCAAGAAUGAGGUGAAAGUCACCAUCCUGCAUCACCUCGGAAACCAGCCUCUGCACCUGCCAAACUCCGCCUGCACUGACGGAGUGCACAAUGCUGAUUAGAGAUGAGAAAUUUACUCCUUCUACGUCUGCAUGUGUUUAAAUGGCCUGUGCUAUGUGCUGACCACUUUAGACAGCUGACAGUAUUUUCUUUUCCUUUUUGAUUAUCUGUUACCAGUUUACUCAACUUAAAAAACUUCAAGGAACUUAAAAUGAAGGAUGAAAAAAAAAAUGGUUUUGCAACUUGUAUAAACCGUGCUAUACAUUAUUUGUGAUGAGGUAGGUGUGAUUUUCUUUUUGGCAAAUACUCAGUGAGGUGCUUAUUGUAUUAACUGUAGAUAAGAGGCGUGUUCUCAAAAGUUGCCACAGAAGGAAACAAAAGAUAUUUCGCAGAAAACUUCCUCAUACCACAUGCAUGGCUUUGCCAUGUUAUUCUCAUAACUCCCUGAUUGACGUCAGUGUUCUUAAGAUACUAAAUUGGGCAUGAAGUGUUGUGAAGAAAUGGUGUAAAUAUUUACAUGACAAUUAUAUUUAGCUUACUCAAAUGUCUUUAGGUACUUUUUCUUAUGUAAUGUACUUAAACCCCAUUUUAUUGGCAAGAUCACCAGAAGAAUCAGCCACCUGGUUUAACAUGAAAAUUGCAGUUGGAGGUUUCUUGCCAUCACCAAGAAACACUGAUAAAUUUUCUGAUUGCCUUGUAUUUACUUGUGUAUUUGUAGGUCAAGGCCAGUGAAUGAGAGCAGCUUAAGAACAUAUUUAAGUAUCUUGGCUAUGUAUAUCUGCAAUAAUUAAAUGAUUACAUAAAUAAAAG